GAGAGCUGUUGUGUUUCCACCGCUCUGACCUCAGACCUCAGACCUGGUCCCUCCUCUGGUCUGGAUCCGGUCCACCUGCUGCUGAGCUCUGGUCUAUAUUUACCUGAGAUUAUCAGAGAGACUUCCUGUUGUGCCUCACAGAGCUGCUCGGCCUCUCAGCAGCAACAUGUCCUUCAGCUCUGCAGACGGAGGCUCCGCCCACUGGAGGAACAACAGCCUGCUGCAGGGGGGGGGGCGGGACCCCCCUCUGUCUGACCAGGGAGAGACCAUCAUAGGGGUGUACCUGCUGCUGCUGGGUUGGUUGUCCUGGUUUGGAAACACCAUCGUCCUCUUCGUUCUCUACAGACAGAGAAACGCUCUGCAGCCCACAGAGUACCUGACCUUUAACCUCGCCGUCUCCGACGCCAGCAUCUCCGUGUUUGGAUACUCCAGAGGCAUCAUCGAGAUCUUCCACGUCUUCCAGGGCAGCGACUACCUCAUCUCCUCCAUCUGGACCUGCCAGGUGGACGGUUUCUUCACGCUGGUGUUUGGUCUGACCAGCAUCAACACACUGACGGUGAUCAGCAUCACUCGCUACAUCAAAGGCUGUCACCCCAACAGAGCUCGUCACAUCAACAGGACCAGCGUGUCCGUCAGUCUGCUGCUCAUCUGGAUCACAGCUGGAUUCUGGUCCGGAGCGCCGCUGCUCGGCUGGGGGAGCUACAAAGAUCGUGGGUAUGGAACCUGUGAGAUAGACUGGGCCAAGGCCAACUACUCCAGCGCCUACAGGUCCUACAUCAUCUCCAUCUUCAUCUUCUGCUUCUUCGUCCCGGUGCUCGUAAUGCUCUUCUGCUACGUGUCCAUCAUCAACACGGUGAAGAGGGGCAACGCUCUGUCAGCGGAGGGAGAUCUGAGCGACCGCCAGAGGAGGAUCGAGAGGGACGUCACCAUCGUUUCCAUAGUGAUCUGUACGGCCUUCAUCCUGGCGUGGUCUCCGUACGCCGUGGUGUCCAUGUGGUCCGCCUGGGGGUUCCACGUGCCCAACCUCACCAGCAUCUUCACCCGCCUCUUUGCCAAGUCCGCCAGUUUCUACAACCCUCUCAUCUACUUCGGACUCAGCUCCAAGUUCCGUAAAGACGUGGCCGUCCUGCUGCCCUGCACCCGGGAUGCCAGAGACGACGUCAAGCUGAAGCGGUUCAAGUCCAAGGCUGACGCCCACGGGCGCCUCAGAGUCCCCCUGAACCGGACGGAGAAGAAGUACUCGCCCGGGUACCUGCCUCACCCGAUGACCCACGGACCAUACCAUGGACCAGACCACGGACCAGACCACGGCGUGAGGAGCCCGCCCUGCACGCAGCCGCCCGUCAACAAGGAAGUGUUUCACAUCGACAUGCCCCGCCCCUCUGAGACCGGCCCCGAGUUUGAAUGUGACAGACUCUGA